AUGUCCAGUGGCAGUGGUGGUCAACAACGUAUACGUCGUGAUGAUUUCGACAUAGAGUCGUCGAGAAGCGACGAUCAUUAUGGUUAUCAUCGCAGUAGUGGUAGUAGAGACGAUAGGCGAAGUCGCUCAAAUCGCAGAUCUCCCUAUAGUCGCCAUCGCGAUGAUUAUAGUCGCUCACGAAGUCGUAGCCGAAGUCGCAGCCGCCAUGGUGGUAGCCAUCGUCGUGGCAGUAGCCGCUACUCUGUUAGCCGCAGCCGCUCUCGUAGUCGUGGCCAUUCCUCAAGACGACGCCUGGACAGUGGCAGUCAGCAUUCUUCACAUUCUAAAAGAUAUCGACGUGACUCACGCUCUCGCUCCUACUCCAGAUCACGUUCCAGGUCACCGGCCUACUACAGGCGGCAACAACAACGGCAUCGUGAUGACUAUGACAAUGAUAACAGAAGAUCAGGUGGAGAUUAUAAACGGCGUGACAGCAAAUCACGUUCCAGAUCCCGUUCUAGAUCUUCACAUUAUCGGGAUGACAAGAAGGAUCAUGAAUAUAACAAAAAAUCACACAAGACCAACUUAGAAUCUAUACAUGAAAAUGAAGCAUCGUAUGACAAUUCUCAAGAAUCCUUUAAAAAUAGCCGAGACCAAGAGAACUCCUCCUCCUCCCCCUCACAAAAUCUAGACGAUUUACCCUUGCCACAACAGAAAAAGGAGGAAAAUGAUUCUUCGGAUAAAGGUAUUUACAGAUUUGAUGAAAACGAGCCAAUUGAUCGGGCUCGCAUACAUCGUGAAAUGGAGGAGAAGCUGCGUCAAGCAUUGGCCAAAGAGGGUAAAGUGUAUCCACCACCCAAGCCCGAGGCCUCACACCCGGUCUUUGCCAAUGACGGUUCAUUUUUGGAGAUCUUUAAGAAAAUGCAAGAACAACAACAAAUGCAGCAGGCGGUUACCAAUAAACCCUCCACCUCAGCGGCUGCUGUUGUGGCGCCGGCUAUUGUAAAUCCUGUAGUACCCAUACUGGCUGCCUCCUCGGUUAGCCCUGCAACGGCACCAUAUUUGGUGGCCACAGCCACAGGCAAAAGUGCACCACCACCACCCAUUGUGGGUCGCCGUAAGGGUGGUAAGAUUCUCAAAACUGGAGUGGUGGCCAAGCCAAAGGCCCAAACGGAAGUCAGCAAUGAUCCAAAGGAUUUUUGGUCUUUAUAUUUGGCUGAAGUGAAUAAAUACAAAAACACCGCCUGUGAAUCGGAACAAGGCAACAGGCCACUAAUUAAAUAAGCAACACAAAAAUC